AUGCAGUUUAAAAACCGCGUGCUCCCCACAUUCCCACCCCCGUCGUCGUUGGUUGCCAACCAGGAGGAGCCAACGGCCAGCAGCACACCUCCUGGCUCUGCCUGCCUCUCCAUCUUUGGCACUGCCCCCAUCAUCCCCUCUGCCUUCCCCGCGCGCACGACCGCACGACGCAGCACUCCGCGGGGCCGCGCGGCCACGAGCGUCGCCACGGUCAUGGUCGCCAUGACGGAGCCGCGCGACCCGCCGCCGCCGACCGGCUGCGCCAUGUUCGGCAUCUACAGCGGCAUGUUCCGCCGCCGCCGAUCCGCAUCCAUGACCUCCCUCCACCGGAUCAACGGGGCAUCCUCGCCCGCCGAGGCCGAGGCCGCGGCGCCGGCGAACCCGGCGCAUCAUCGGAAGCCCGGCGUGCUCCACGACUCCUCCUCCCUCGUGCGCCGCCCCAACGCCAUGCCCGUGCCGGCGCCGGCGCAGAACGGCGCCGUCUCCCGCGCCGCGCCACCGGCGGCGAACGAUAGGAGUAGGCCGGCCACCAAGGUGGCGAACGGCGGCGUCGGCGGCCCGAGACCCGCCGUGGAGCCGGCGGCGGAGUACACCGGCAUGGCCGCGGAGCUGGACAAGAUGAUCCUCGACCACCAGAGGGUCAAGGGCACCACGCAGCUGGUGCGCGCCACGUCCGGCAACAUGAUGCUGCACCGCAACCUCGGCAACCUCAACGCGGGGGGCGGCGCGCCGGCGCGCAACUCCGUGGAGCGCGGCGCCAAGGCGGCGAACGAGCGGAAGGCCCCCAACGGGUACGCGUUCUCGGGAAUGGGGAACAUCGUCAAGGAGCCCAGGCCGGCGGCGGGGGGCAGCGAGCUGUGCCGGGCGCUGUCGCACCGCACGGAUCCCGAGAAGCUCAAGGAGAUGGGCAACGAGGAGUACCGGCAGGGGCAUUACACGGAGGCGGUGGCGCUCUACGACCAGGCCAUCAUGAUGGACGCCAGGCGGCCGGCGUACUGGAGCAACAAGGCGGCCGCGCUCGCCGCGCUCGGACGGCUCAUCGAGGCCGUCGGCGACUGCAAGGAGGCCGUGCGGAUCGACCCUGCGUACGAUCGCGCUCACCACCGGCUUGGCGGCUUGUACCUCAGAUUAGGAGAACCUGACAAAGCCAUCUACCACUUGAAGCAAUCUUGCAAUGAAUCCGCGGGCGCAGACGUUGCUCGUGCGCAGUCGGUGAAGAGCCGCAUCGCCAAGAGCAGCGACGCGCGCAGGCUCAAGAACUGGAUCACGGUGCUCCAGGAAGCGCAGGCCGCCGUGUCCGACGGCGCCGACUGCGCUCCACAGGUGAUGGCGUUGCAAGCCGAGGCGUUGCUGAGGCUGCAGCGGCACGACGACGCGGACUCGCUUCUCAGCAGCGCCGCCGCGCCAAGGUUCGGCGUCGACGAGUCGACCAAGUUCUUCGGCACCUUCGGCCACGCCUACUUCCUCAUCGUGCGAGCUCAGGUCGACAUGGCUGCUGGAAGGUUCGAGGACGCGGUGGCGACGGCGCAGACGGCGUUUCAGCUGGACCCGAGCAACCGGGAGGUGACGGUCGUGCAGAGGAGGGCCAAGGCGGCGGCCGCGGCGCGGCUGCGUGGCAACGACCUCUUCAAGGCCGCCAAGUUCGUGGAGGCGUGCGCCGCCUACGGCGAGGGCCUCGACAGGGAGCCCAGCAACGCCGUGCUGCUCUGCAACCGCGCCGCGUGCCACGCCAAGCUCGGGCGGCACGAGAAGGCCGUCGAGGACUGCAGCGCCGCGCUCGCCGUGCGCCCCUCGUACAGCAAGGCGCGGCUCAGGAGGGCGGACUGCAACGUCAAGCUGGAGAGGUGGGAAGCGUCCUUGAGAGACUACCAGGUGCUGAUCCAAGAACUGCCGGAGAACGAGGACGUGAAGAAGUCUCUUUCUGAGGUCGAAGCCAAGCUCAAGAGCCAAAGGAAUGGCGGCGCAGCAGCCAGAUCUCAGCACUGACGCCAUGUUUCUUUAUUCUGUCGGCUACCAGAGAAAUCAUCCGCAACUUCUGAAGAGGACAAGGUUUUCGACAAAACAAUUCUGCACGCGCCGUUGCACAGUUUGUUAUACCAAAUCUGCAUGUUUUUUUUGUUCACCAUACACAAAUUUGCAAAGAGAAUCAAAGGAAUGGAACUGUACAUAAUACUUGCUCCAGUGUGAUGUGUAGUUAGUUGAAUGUGUUUGAUUCCUUGCGAAAAGAAAGUUGAUGUAUUUGGUUGUCGCCUUGUGGCCCAGAGAUUUGUGAAGAUUCAGUUGAUUUGGCUCUGAAACUGAACAACUACAGACUGAUGAAGGCUCUGCUCAAAAAAUGAAUGAUCAUCUCGAAUCUAAAUUAUGUGAUCGUUGCUUUCGGCAA